CGGUCGCUGUAGCUACGCGCUAGGCCAGACGAGCAGUAUGGCGGAAGAAGAGAGUGAAUUUGAGUUGGAAGAUUUUAAAAAAGAAUUGAAGAGUUUAUUUGUCAGUAGUUCAAGUGAAGAAUACGGACUUCAAAGCAAGUUAUAUUGUGUACGGUUCUGUAAGUUGGUGGAGGUGUAUUCAGGACGUUGGCAGGUACCCUUGCCACAGCUGCAGGUGCUCCAGACUGCUCUAUGUUCCUUUGUCCAAGCCUCGGCCUGCUUCCCGUCUGACUGUGAACAUGUAUGCUACACACUGAGUAGCCUUGCCCUGAGUGCUUUUGAGCUCUUGCUGUUUUUGAACAGAAAUAAGAUCCUGCAGGAUCCCUUGAAAAAAAUCCUUGAUUCGUUCCAGGAAUGUUUUUCCCAGCUGGAGAGACACCAGAACAUCCACCUGCUGCAGGUGGGACAGAUCAUCAGAGAGAAGGGACCGUGGACCAACCCCAUACUACAGGCCAUCCUGAAGGACUCACAACUGCCCCGGGAUGAAGUGGACCGCUACCUAGGCUCAGAGGUGCCAGUGUUCUUUGAGCUGCGUGUUCGUUACCUGCUGUCCAGUGAGAUGUUCACCGAGGCGGUGGUCUUGGCUAAGACCUGCUCUCAGCAUCCCGUUGCCGGGCGACACCUGUUCUUCCGACAGGCCUACCUCACCUGCCUGUUGAAGGCAUCGCUCCCUCGCCAUAUGCACGAAGAGGUGAGGGGAACAAACUUUGGUUAUUAGGAUUCCUGGGUUCUGGAUAAUAG